AUGUUCAUGGAUGAGAAAACAGAGGCUCAGAGAGGGGAAGGGGUUGACCCAAGAACUCAAAGCAAGGAGUCAGUCAGCAGGAGGCUGAUGAGAGAGCUUGAAGAAAUUCACAAAUAUGGAAUGAAAAACUCCAGUAACAUCCAGGUUGAUGAAGCUCAUUUAUCCUGGCAAGGGCUUAUAUUGUAGUUCCCGGCAACCCUCCCGUUCCCAGCAGUGCCCAUUCAAACCACGAAAAUCACAUUUAAAGCAAAGAUCUAUCACCUGCACAUUGAUAAAAGGGGGCAGAUCUGUCUGCUAGUAAUUUGUGCUGACAACUGGAAACCAGCAUCCCAAACUGCCCAAGUGCUGUCCCUCGCAGCGCCGGUCAGCCGCCCCCAGCAGGAGCGCCCUCUUCAGGCCAAUGUAGCCACAGCAUACUCUAAGGGCCAGGGCACAUUCUGUAAGAAUGCCGGAGAAUUUACGAAGAAAUAUGGGAAAAGGCGACCCAUGGCCUAA